UUUUAGAAAACUCUUUUGUCAGUCUACGUGUCAGACGGCAGUCAUUAUGAGAUCGGAUAGCGUUCGCCGAUAACGGACAAUGAAACAGAACAAUGCUCUCUAAUCACUAUCUUAAACUUAGCCUGUCCCCCUCACUAUACAUAUAAUACGGAAGCCCUAAUUGAAACCAUGUGGCGGUCGGUUUGUUUUCAGAUUGCAUUUCCUGCUUAGACGUUGCAAGUGGCAGAGUUGUGUGGUAAUGGUGUCGUGGGCCUCUCAGACUUGCUAAGAUCCACAAGGAAUAUCUAACGUGCACAUUCUUAUUCACUUUCGGGUGGAUGAGAUUGGCAGUAAAGAACUUAGAAGUAUGUUACUGGUGCGGCGUGUUCUACUCGCCGUCUUGUUUCUUAUUCUGGAUUACACCACGGCAAGAAGCAGUGAUGCUUCCCUUGAUAUCAUCCAAGCUUUGAACAUCAGUCAUGAGCAGCAGGGAGUUAUCCCAGUGCCUGGGGUCAAGCCAGAUUACCUGACUGCCUGGCAGCUACGGCCACAGUUUGUCCGCCAUCCACUUCCUCAGGGAUUACUAGAUCAGUUCACAAAGCGCAUCAGUGAAGGAUUUAGUUUACACAUGAUUCUCAAGCAGGCACGGAACUCUGUGGCCUCACUACUAACCAUAUCUCUAGCUAAAAGUCAUAUGCCAAAGUUGCACAUUAUUUCAAACUCCAGACAUAGACAUUUGUUGAUUAAAUACUGCAGUGGAAACUGCACCACUCUGUCCACUUUAAAACUUUUUUCACCUUUUACAAAUCACACAAAAUGGAGUAAAAUUCUCUUCACUGUUAGUGAAGAAUAUAUUCAGGUCUUAGUGGAUUGCAGGAAAUUGUUGGUUAUCCCACUGGAAGUUCCCUUGAAUGUCCACACUUUGUUCAGGGAUGCUUCAGUUUAUUUUGGACAGGAUGGCAAUAACAAAACUAAGUUUGUGGGUUCUGUCCAGGUUGUCAAGUUGUUUCCUCAUAUUGUGGAGAGGAGACUUUGGAAAUGCAAGCAAAAGCAGGAAGAGACAGUUGUAAAUCCACCAACUGAGCAACCCCAGCAAGAUGCCCUUAACACUCUGGGAAACAAUAAUGCUUUGCCAGCUCCUCUAGAGUAUCAAGUCCAGCAGUUGUCAAUGAUGGUGGAUAUGCUAAAACAACAAAACAAAGAAAUUUUAGCUAGACUAGACUACUUGGAAACUUGUGAAUGUCGUCCACUGUGUUCACAUAAUGGUGUUACAUACAGAGAGGGGGAAAUGUGGCAGCAAGAUCCAUGUAACUUUUGUGUUUGUCAGAAUGGAAGACCUUCCUGCAGCAUAAUGUGGGACAAGCCCCAAUGUUAUAAUCCUUGUGUGUCUAGCCCAUGUCAGAAUGGAGGCACAUGUGUCAGUAACCCUGGGUACCAUAACUACACAUGUCAGUGCCCUCCCACAUGUUAUGGACCAGAGUGUCAGUAUAGAAGAAAUCCCUGCGUGUAUGAGCUGGAUCAGGGGACAUGUGGGGGAAGUGUUACCAGGUACUACUUUGACAGAUAUCAGAUGAAGUGUUUGCAGUUCCUUUAUACAGGUUGUGGUGGAAAUCCCAACAAUUUUCAGACCUUGGAGGAUUGUGAAGGACAGUGUUCUCUAGGUGCUUGUUGUCACAGGAUUCACUCUCCAUCUGUUUCCAAUCUUCAGCCAAGCAUGGCUUGUCAGGUGGACACUUUAGCCAACUGUAGACAGAUGUCCAGCCAGUCUCCAGGUCAACUGUUGGAAGUGGUGUCCUUUGAGCCUGGUGCCCAGUGCCAGCCGGACACCUGUGCUGCACCUCAAGGAUGUACCUAUGGCAACAGUUCUUUCCCCUAUGGUACAAGAUUCAGGAUUGGUUGCCAAGAAUGCUUGUGCUUAAAGGACAUUGGAAUAGACUGCAGGUGUGUGACAAUGACCAUGAGAAAGGAGAUUCGGGAUAUGACAUCUGAGGAACUGGAACGUUUCCAGAAUGCUGUAAAGCAAUUGAGAAAAGGACCAGAUAGUCAAUGGGAGCAGUUCCGUAACUUGUACAUGACCCAUGCAAUACAGGGGAGAAGCACUUUGCUGUUCUUGCCUUGGCAUCGUUUGUUUCUAAGGCGCAUGGAACAAAAGCUGCAGGAAGUGGAUUGCAGUGUUUCCCUGCCUUACUUCGAUUUUACCACUGAUGCCCAUAAUUUUUCCACUGCUAUUAUAUGGCAACCUGGGUACUUUGGUGGCAAUGGCAGAGGAGGUUGUGUGCCAGACCAUCGCUUCCAACACAGCCUCUGGGAUCCGUGCAUCAUACGCCAUUUUGACACAAGUGUACAAAUACCGAGCAUGCUAGAAGUGGCCAUUGCUGUGGCAGGUGAUGAUUAUAUGGAGUUGAGUCACUGCUUGGAAGCCAUUGCUGCAUAUAUUCAUCUCUUCGUUGGUGGAGACUUUGCUACAACUUCAGCACCUUAUGACCCAUUGUUUUUCGCAAUUCACUCUUACAUUGACAUGUUAUUCUGGCAAUGGCAAAAGAAGCAUGAAGACAUUAUGAAUUCUAUUCCUUUCAAAACUUCUGUGCUAAUGCCAUUCAGUGUUCAGGUUUCUAAAACUCUUAGUUCAGAAGCAGAUUUGUGUGUGACAUACUCCUUGCCUUCAAGGGGACAGCCAUGUAAUGACACUGAAAGUGUCUUCAGCCCAGAAGGCUAUAACAUUCUUGGAUUCAACAGGCAAGGGUUUGACAGACAGGGAUAUGAUUCUGCAGGGUUUGAUGUAAAUGGUGUGGACAGGAAUGGAAACCCUGAUACAAGAAACCUGUAUCGCUUUGAUGGCUACAACACAUUUGGUUAUGAUAGAUCUGGAUAUGAUAGGAUGGGAUUCAACAGAUAUGGUUACAACAGAAAUGGUUAUAACAGAGACGGAUUUGAUGUAGCUGGUUAUGAUUCCUUUGGCUAUGACAGAUAUGGCUAUGAUGUGAAUGGUUAUGAUCAAUUUGGAUAUGAUAAACAGAGACUGGACAGACAAGGCAACCCAGACACUAGUGGCAGAUUUAACACUGAAGGAUUUGAUUUGUAUUGCUAUGAUACACAAGGACUCACCAAGGAGGGCUUUGAUCAGUUUGGUUACAACAUCAAGGGUUAUGAUGUGGAGUACUGCAACUACAGUUUUGCUGGUCCAUUCAGUGUGCGCCAAAGUUUGCGUAUCUGGGAGAUACUCCAUGGCCAGAGUAAAGACUUCUUGAUGACGAUUCCCAGGAUAUGCGUUGGGCUGCAGCCAUUGCCUCAGCAAUGGUAUGAGCAGUACUGGUUUAAAGCACCCAAAGAUAUCACAAGUUUAGUAACUGUAGAAGUAUCUCAGAGCCCACAGUCAUCAGAGUCUCAAAGGUUUUGUUUUGAGACUGGUUCAUUCCUGACUGGGUGUCCCUGUGAGUCUGGUUAUAUAGCUUGUCCUGUCAACCCUUGCCUUCAAGCCAGGUGCCCAGGCUAUCCUGACGCCAUCUGUGAGGUGGACUUUUGUGACCCAAGUUGCAGAGCCAGAUGGAGAUAUAAUGGGAAGUAUGUGAACUGUGAUGAGACAGAAGAACAAGUACGAGAUUACUGUAACCCAAGCCCCUGUCAGCAGGGAGGGACUUGUGUGAAGUCAAGAUGGCCGACAGAGCCGCAGCUGGUGACAUGUCUCUGUCCACCAGGAUAUAUUGGACACUACUGCCAGUACAAAGCUACCCAACAAUGCUAUCUGCCUCUCAAUGUAGGAGGAGACUGUGGUAUAACAGAAGACCGCUGGUAUUUCAACAGGGAAGCUGGGGAGUGUAAAAGAUUUGUUUUUACUGGUUGUCAUGGUAAUCCCAACAAUUUUGCCUCAUUGGAAGACUGUCAGAACACUUGUGAACGGGGUGCAUGUUGUUAUCGCUCUCAAGUCCGCAGGGGUGGAGUGUAUGGGUUCAGUCCGCAAGGUUAUGACAGGUAUGGUUUCACAGUGGAUGGCAUCAAUGCCCAGGGUGAAAAAAGGACAGCAGAAAAUGCCCUCAGUUUUGGUAGUAAAAGAUUUGAUGAAAAUGGAUUGGACUGGCAAGGUUAUGACAGGGAUGGUUUUAACAGACAAGGGGUUAGUCGCCAUGGUUAUGACAGACAAGGUUACCAUGCCAGGACAGGGUUUAACAUCACUGGGUACAGUCGCCUUGGAGAAUAUGAUGGAGAUAUUGGCUAUAAUACUGAAGGUUAUGAUGAAAAUGGAUUUAGCAGGGCUGGAUUUAACUGUUAUGGCUACAGUAAAGAAGGUUUGGAUUACUAUGGUCUAACAGCUGGCUAUCAGUAUUCCUGUCGAUCUGCUACACAAGUAGAAUGCAUUACCCUGGAGAGAAUACCUGGUACUCAGGUAGUGAAGUAUUCACCAGGGAAGAAUUGUGAUGAAGUGGACUGUAAAGACCAUUGCGGGUGUUACUUCCAAGGGAAGUCAUACAAGUUUGGUGCCAGCUUCCGUUAUGGCUGCAAGAUGUGCACAUGUACACGUACCAGAGCUGUAGAGUGUGUGUGUCAAAAGGUAACACAAAGGAAGGAAGUUCGUGACAUGACCAGAAAGGAGGUGCAAAGAUACCAGAAUGCCAUAAAACGACUACACUCAAGUUCAGAUGGCAUGUCCCGCUGGCAGGAGUUGGCUCGCAUCCAUGCCACACACAUGCCGCAAGCAUAUGGAAAUCAGGCCUUUUUACCAUGGCACAGAUAUUUCUUGUGGCUGCUAGAAAGUGAGCUGCAGACAAUCAACUGCGACAUCAGCAUUCCCUACUUCGAUUGGUCUACAGAUGCUGGUGCCAUGGAAACAUCAGCAAUAUGGAGGGCUGACAUGUUUGGAGGAAGUGGAAAUUUGGGGACAGAAUGUGUGCUGCAUCAUCCUUUUAAAGAUUAUUUCCCUCCAUUUUGGAAGCCAUGCUUAAUGAGGAACUUCAACACCAGUAUUAAACUCCCAGAUGUAGUCAAUAUUCAGCUUCUUCUCAAUGAACCAUCAUAUGACAAAUUCAGAUUAGAGGCAGAAUCCAUAUCUGGCUUAUUUCAUCAGUGGGUUGGAGGGCACAUGCUAUCCCCCUACAGCCCAUAUGAUCCAGUAUUUUAUUCUCACUAUGCCUUUAUUGACAGAUUAUGGACAUUAUGGCAGGAGAGACAUGGCCUCUUGCUCUAUCCCCAGAGUCUGCGUUACAUUCCAAUGGAACCAUUUGGUAUUGGUGCUGACGCUGUCCUGUCAAAUCCCAGUCAGUUGUGUGUGACAUAUGUACCAGUUACAGAGGGAGGGCUGUGCAAUGUGACAGAAGCCAGGCAACAGUCACAGAGAAGAGAUCCAGUGUAUGAUGUUGAUGGAUUUGAUCGACAAGGUUACAAUAGAGAAGGGUUUGAUUCAAUGGGAUUUGAUAAAAAUGGAUAUAGUAUAAAUAUCUUCAACCUUGAUGGGUUUGAUAGACAAGGGUAUGACAGAUCUGGGUAUGAUCGUUAUGGAUUUAACCGUCAAGGAUUCACACCCUUUGGUUUUAACAGAAAUGGGUCGUUCAGACCUGGAAUUACUGAAGAAGGAUUGGGUAUAUUUGAUUCAGCAGGAUACAAUAAAUAUGGUUUCAACAAAUAUGGCUUGGAUCGUGAUGGAUAUGAUGUUUUUGGAUUCAGCACUGUUGGGUUUGAUCGAAACAGCUGCAACUAUUACUUUAAAGGCCCAUUUUAUGUUAGGUUCAGAAAUUGGAUAAGAAAGCAGCUGGUGAAUUUGGAUGAUGCUGAGCUAUCUGUGAUACCUCGUAUCUGCCCUCCUGUCAGUAAUAAUGCUAUGUGGUGGUAUGCCAUGAAUUGGUUGAACAGGAAUGACCAGAUAAAUCGCAUAAGGGAAAUUGAACUCCAGAGAAGAUCCCAGCAUGGUGUGGAAAGUACAUUCUCUCCAAGGCAGACCUCUGUAACUGAAGAUAAUUUAUGGUUGCCUUUCACACCCGACGAGAGAUUUUGUUUUGAACUCCACUACUACACUGGCUGUACCCUGGGGAAGCAACCCAUCAGUUGUCCCUCUGACUUGUGUACUACCUCAGAGUGUGUGGGUUUCCCCACAGCGGAAUGCAGGGUACGGGGCUGUGGUACAUGUACUGUAGAGUGGUAUGAUCCUAUAACAGGGAAUACAAUACAGUGUAUGGGUUGCAUUGACAGUGAUGGUGUACAGCAUGAAGAAGGGUCGACAUGGCAACCAAAUUUGUGCAACAGAUGUCGAUGUCAGGGUGGUGCUGUAAGCUGCAGUCCAAUCCAGUGUCCAGCUGUGACCUGUCAGUAUCCAGUGAGACUGGACAACCAGUGUUGUGCCAGGUGUGAAGGUUGCAAUUACUUAGGCAAUGUGUACAGCAAUGGUGCUUCCUUCAUGCCCUCAGCAAACCCCUGCCAGAGAUGUCAAUGCAGAUAUGGGGAGGUGAACUGUGUGUCGGUGAACUGUCCACCUCUAGGUCCAUGCAGCAGCCCCAUCACACUGCCAGGAAGUUGCUGUGCAGUGUGUCUGGACUGUGGUCCCAGACCUAAUGCCAGUGUUUGGCAGGAUCAUCCCUGUAGGACUUGUAAAUGUAUUAAUGGUGAUACAAUAUGUGAAGAUGUCCAGUGCCCUCCUGUGACUUGUCAGUAUCCCAAUAUCCCUAGAGGAAAAUGCUGCCCUGAGUGUACAGACUGUCUGUACCAGGGGCGUACAUUCCCAAACCACCAGACAUUCCAGCCAGACCUCUGCACCACGUGUUCCUGUGAGCAGGGUAGUGUAGAGUGCCGCACGGAGACCUGCCCUCAGUUACAGUGCACUAACCCCACACAGAUGCCAGGCCAGUGCUGUCCUGUAUGCAGGGAAGGCUGUGAAUAUGACAUGCACAUUUAUAAAAAUGGGGACUUUUUUGUCCCUUCAUUCAACCCAUGUCUGAAUUGCUCCUGCAAUAACAACAUCGUGCAGUGUCGUACAAUGAAGUGCCCAGCAGUUGACUUGCCUUGUGCUAACCCAGUCAGGAGGAAGGGAGAGUGUUGCCCUUCACUCUGUCCUACAUGUGAGUAUGAAGGGCAGACAUAUGAGCAUGGUCAGCAGUGGGGGUCAGUGCUUGACCCCUGUGACACUUGUACAUGUGACUAUGGCACAGUUGAUUGCACUAGGUCUAUCACCUGUAUUGUCCAGUGUCCUCAUGGCUUCAGAGAACCUGACGAGUGCUGUCCACAGUGUACUGAUUGUGUUUUUGAAAAUCGUAAGAUUCUCAAUGGCCAGAAGUUUCCUAAACCAGGAGAAAAUUGUGUUGAGUGUGAGUGUCGAGAUGGGUAUGUGAAGUGUCUUCCUGUGUCUGAGAGCUGUCCACCUCUACAGUGCAGGGACACUGUACUGCUUCCUGGGGAAUGUUGCCCAAGAUGUAAAGACUGUGUGGAUCCCCGAGGUGUUCACCACACAGAUAACAGUGAGUGGACUGACUACCAGAACCCAUGCAGCAUGUGUUCCUGUCGUAACGGUCUCAUCACGUGCAUGCAGCAGAUGUGUCAGACGCCAUCUUGCAGAUAUCCUGCCAAAUUACCAGGAGAAUGCUGUCCAACUUGUAAUGGCUGUGAGUACCAGGGUUCUGUAUACAGCAAUGGGGACAUUGUUCCAAGUGGUGAAAGAUGUCAGAGCUGUAGAUGUAGAAAUGGUAAUGUUGACUGUGAACCCGUCCAGUGUCCAGUGGUCACCUGUGAUAAUCCUGUGACCACCAGUGGACAGUGCUGCCCAGUGUGUGAGGAGUGCAGGUACCAAGGCAAAGUGUACAGGAAUGGACAGAGCUUUAUCUCUGCUAUCAACCCAUGUCUCAGGUGUCUCUGUAAUGAUGGUCAGGUGAACUGCCAGGAGCUGGCAAUAGACUGCAAUGCCCCGUGCACUCAUCCAGCCCCAGUGCCUGGCCAGUGCUGCCCAGUCUGUGAAAACUGUGUCUAUGAAAGAAGACAGUACAGAGAUGGACAGGAGUUCUUCCCAAGGUCAAAUGAUCCAUGCUUUAAAUGCGUUUGCCAGAGAGGCAGUGUGAUAACUUCUAGGCUACAAUGUCCUAUCCUGACCUGUGCUGACCAAGUGACCCCUCCAGGCCAAUGCUGUCCAGUGUGUGAGACAGCUUGUAGAUAUGCAGGGCAGGAAUACCAGGAAGGGCAGCAGUGGACAGAUUCCAGGGACCCCUGUGCUAUAUGUACAUGUCAGAAUAGAAGAGUGACAUGCAGCAGAAAGGAGUGCCCCCCUGGACAGUGUCCCCAUGGAGUGACCAGACUGGGCGAAUGCUGCCCCACCUGUGACGAGUGCCUGUAUGAGAGGAGACGGUUCAGGAAUGGACAGGAGUUUGUGCUGCCUGGGGAUCCCUGUAAUAGAUGCAGGUGCCAGAAUGGCCGAGUUACCUGCAGUAAAGUGGACUGCCCUGACCUCAACUGUGUCAACAAGAGAACACCACCUGGUCAGUGUUGUCCAGUUUGUGAAUUAAGGGGCUGUAGUUACCUAGGCCAAAGCUACAGUGAAGGGGAAAGGUUUGUUUCUCCUCGUGAUAAGUGCCAGGAGUGUGAGUGUCGGCAAGGGGAAGUGAGAUGUUCCCGCAAGGCAUGUCCACCUGCUCGCUGUGACAACCCUGGGAGAGGAGACUGCUGUGACACAUGUAGUGGUUGCAACUAUGAUGGUGUAAACUACUCUAACUUUGCCACUUUCGACAGCCCUCGUGACACAUGUGAGAGGUGUAGAUGUGCCAAUGGUUAUGUCAUAUGUACAAAGAAGGAUUGUCCUGCUACACCCUGCCAGCACCCUGCAGCACCUCCAGGACAGUGCUGCCCUCUAUGUAGAGAUUGCUUGUAUGAGGGACGCUACUUCCGCAGUGGUCAAGAGUUUGCAGAUUUGCUAGAUCAGUGCAAAACAUGUCGCUGCCGCCAGGGCACAGUGACUUGCACUGCCAGAUCUUGUCCUCCAGUCAGGUGUGCAAACCCCAGACAGGGGCAGUGCUGUCCCAGGUGUGAUGAGUGUACAUACAGGGGCAGAAGCUACAGGGAUGGCCAGGUGUUCAGGGACCCAACUGAUGCUUGCCAGGAGUGCAGCUGUAGAGGAGGGCAAGUCAACUGUCGUACAAUCACAUGCCCCGUGGUCGUCUGCACACACCCAGUGCAAGGUUCGUGUUGUAAGGAAUGUGAUGGGUGCUUUCAUAAUAAUCGACAAUACAGAAACAGGGAAACAUUCCCAGACAGCUUGGACCCAUGCAAAGAAUGUGUCUGUACUAAUGGCAAUGUCCAGUGCAGUCCAAAGCGCUGCCCACAGACUUCUUGCCCUUACCCUGUGAGGGGUGCCUGUUGUGAUGAAUGCACAGGCUGUCUGUAUGAGAAUAACAACUAUCGCAAUGGGCAGAUAUUUGUUCACCCAAGGGACCAGUGCAAGGAAUGUGAAUGUAGAUAUGGGGAUGUCCGCUGCAAUAACAGAGCAGAAUGUUCGGAGUGUUCUUAUAAUGGCAGAAGUUAUGGUAAUGGUCAGAGAUUUCCUGAUCCAAACAAUGAGUGUAUGGAAUGCCUGUGCAGUAAUGGCAAUGUUGAGUGCAGACUCAAAACUUGCCCUAGAGUGGACUGCACACAUCCGGUGCAAGGACGUUGUUGUCCAGAAUGCAUCAAUUGUCUAUACAAUGGUCAAGAAUUUAGGGAUAGGCAGAGGUUUGAAGACACAAGGGAUUCUUGCAAUGAAUGUUACUGUACAAGAGGCAGUGUAUCCUGCAGAAGGAAACAGUGCCCUGCUGUGUCUUGUACCAACCCAGUGCAGGGAGAGUGCUGUCUUGAAUGUCAAAAUUGUAUCCAUAACAACCAGGAAGUGCCCUCUGGUGAGAAGAUAAGGGAUGAGCAAACAUGCCAGGAAUGUACUUGUAAUUCAGGAACUGUUAGUUGCCAGCCACUUCAGUGUGAACCUGUAUCUUGUCCACACCCAGCCAAAGAUCAAUGCUGUGAGAGGUGUAAUGACUGCAUCUAUGAAGAGAGGAGAUACAGCAACAAAGAGACAUUCCCAGAUCCUAAUGACUCCUGUAGUGAAUGCCAAUGCAUGGCUGGAUUUGUGCAGUGCCGCAAACGCAAGUGCCCAGAUGUGAACUGUUUGAAUCCUAUCCCUGGCCCCUGCUCCUGCCCUCUGUGUGGGGCAGACUGCCUCUUUGGUGACAUAAUGCUGACCAAUGGUCAGACAAUACAGGACAGAGAUAACCAGUGUAAUGAAUGCACUUGUAAGGAUGGUAGUGUAAAAUGUGAGAGGAAGCCCUGUCUCCCUGCCAGAUGUCGUAAUCCAGUGCGAGGGCCGUGUGAGUGCCCAGUGUGUACAGGUUGUCUCUAUCAGGGACAGACAUAUCUCCAUGGUACCACAUUUGAUAACCCAGUUAGUAGCUGCCAGACCUGUACCUGUGCGAAUCUUCUUUACAAUGUAUACUAUGGCAUAAACUGGAGUGGUAAUGUCCAGUGUCGUCCAGUGACCUGUCCAUACACAUGUACUCACCCAGUGGUCACUACUGGAUGUUGCCAGGUGUGUGACCAGUGUCUGUUUGAAGAACAGAUCAUCACCAGUGGGCAAGCUUUCCUUCAUCCAACAGACCCAUGUCAGCAGUGUACAUGCCAGAGUGGCAAUGUGAUGUGUGACCUGAUCAGCUGUCCUCCAGCAAAAUGUGACAACCCCAUCCAGAGGGAGGGGCAGUGCUGCCCAGAAUGCUCAGUUUGUGACUUUUCUGAUCGUCUGUUUGAAGAAGGCCAGAUAUUUGUACAUCCAGAUGAUAAGUGUCAGGACUGUGUCUGUAAGUCUGGUACUGUGACCUGCAAUAAGCAGGUAUGUAACAGUCGCUGUACUCACCCAGUCCCUGGCCAGUGUUGUCCUAACUGUGGUCAGUGUAUGUAUGAUGGGCGUGUCUAUGAGGAAGGACAGCAGUUCCGUCCAGAACCAUGCAAGCAGUGCAACUGCCAGAGAGGAAACGUUUUCUGCAAAGCCGUCAGAUGUCCACCUCUCAACUGCACUUACACUGUGCAGGAACCAGGAGAAUGCUGUGAAAAGUGCAAAGAUUGUAUGUACCAAGGCAAGGAAUAUGAUAGUGGCUCCACCUGGCUGUCACCUGACAACCCAUGUAUGUCAUGUCAGUGUCUUGGUGGCAUUGUUACCUGUGCAGAGAUCAACUGUGUUGUCCCCUGUCCUCAGCCAGUACCUGUGCCUGGACAGUGCUGUCCUAUGUGUCCUACCUGUGUCUACAAUGGCAGGUUCUAUCAGAAUGGUGAGACAUUCCAGCCAAAUGAAGAUGCCUGUGAUGAGUGUACUUGUCAGGAUAGCAAGCUUCUUUGUAAGCGCAAGAUGUGUCCAAGCCUAGUGGACUGUCCAGCAGAACAAGUAGCCAGACCACAACCUGGAGAAUGCUGCCCAACUUGUGGAGGAUUUGGGACGAAUUGUACCUCUGACCACCAAGGCAUGAUGAUACGUCCCAAUGGAGAUGCAUGUGUGACUUGUGAGUGCCAGGAUUUCAGCUGGGUUUGUAUCCAUGAAGUUUGCAAGGAUUUGAGUUGUCCUUUGUCAGAGCAGUACAGACCAGAUGGCAGCUGCUGUUCAAGGUGUGCAGUGUGUUACAGUGAUGAGACAGGUGUCACAUAUCAAGAUGGUGAAGCUUGGACAUUAGAGUCAGAUUCCUGCCAGGACUGUAGAUGUGAGGCUGGUGCUAUUGAAUGCAGAAGAAAAACUUGUCCCACACUGGUUUGUGGUAGAGGCACUGUGGUGUAUAGACCCCCUGGAGAGUGUUGUGAAGUCUGCAGUGGCCAGGUGGCAGCACAAAACACGACAUGCCAGUACAAGGGGAAAGUAUAUCAGUCCAGUGAUGAAUGGCAUUAUGAUGACUGCACCAAGUGUUUGUGUAUAGAUGGCAGAGUGGAGUGUACCAGACAGAGAUGUGAGCCAAUAAGCUGUGGUUCUGAUGAAGUGCCCUCCCUUGUGCCAGGUGUCUGCUGUCCAAAGUGUAUUGCAAAACCUGCAUCUUGCAUAGCAUUUGGUGAUCCCCAUUACCGUACAUUUGAUGGCAGAAUGGUCCACUUCCAAGGAACUUGUAAAUACAUCAUGGCCACAGACUGUGACUCUGGAGAUUUCACUAUUGAAGUCCAGCAUGAUGACCGAGGUGUUCAGGGGGUGUCCUGGGCCCAGUCACUGACCGUUAAGAUAGCUGGAAUAGAACUGGAGUUGCUACAAAGACAAGCAGUCAAGGUGAAUGGUCAGUCAGUGAGUUUACCAUAUCUAAAAGAACCACAUGUGUUUGUAGAGCAGUCUGGUGACAACAUUCUGCUCAAUACAAAUCUUGGAGUUAAGGUAAUUUGGAAUGGUGAUAGUUAUGCAGAAGUGAGUGUUCCUGGUAAUUACAAGCGUAAGAUGUGUGGUCUGUGUGGAAAUUUCAAUGGCUUCCCUCAGGAUGACCUGAGAUUGAGGGAUGAACAGAUUGCUACUUCAGAGGCAGUCUUUGGUAACAGUUGGAAGGUACCCAGUUCCCAGCCAUGUGAGGAUGGCAGAGACCUUGACCCUUGUAUAUCAGCAGGAUAUGCUGCAAGAAAAAUGGCCAAUAGCAAGUGUGAUAUUCUAAAGGGACCACUGUUUUCCAAGUGCCAUCGUGUGAUCCCCCCUGAGCCAUUCUAUGCCUCUUGUGUCUAUGACCUGUGUGCCUGCAAGACCCCAGGGAACUGUCUGUGUGAUGUACUGUCAUCAUAUGCUCUGGAGUGUGCACAGGCAGGAGUGACACUGAACUGGAGGUCUCCAGCUCUCUGUGCCAUUGGUUGCCCAGAAGACCAAGGUUUCAUAUUUGAUGAAUGCGGCCCACCAUGCCCGAGAACUUGCGAGAACCGUAAUGAGCCACUGGGCAGCAUCGAGGCCCAGUGCUUUAAGCCUUGUGUUCCCAGUUGUCAGUGUUCAGCUGAUAGAAUAUUACAUGAAAACAGCUGUAUACGUCCAGAGGAAUGUCCAAACAGCUGACCUCAGUAACCAAA